ACCGCGAUGACAGCUAGUACACGUACGACAGUAUGACAUGAAUCGAGAAACACAUUAUCCGAGAAACGUCACCGAGACAGUUCCAACGUAACCGUCGUCACGGAAGUAUCGUUUCUCGGUCGACGACAUAAUUUUUUGAUUUUAAGCAAAGCAAAGCAUAGCGUAUGUUUUGCUAUAGUAGUCUGUAUAUUCACCGAGACGUUUAAUCAACGCGAGUUUAAUCAACGUCGCGGAAAAGAGGCAACAAUCAAGAUCGAUAGAAUUGAUUCUGGUUAUUUGCCCACGCUUUUUCUGAAUAAAAUGGUGCGAUAUUUUGAGAAGAAAAAUCCAUGUUUGGAAACGGAAGAACUUUGUACAAUCAAUAUUUCACCGCUAGUAACAACCCCAUUCUCGUUACAAUGGUCACCUGAUAAUCAGAUUUCGCUAAUUACAGAAAAAGGAGUUCAUAUAUUUGAACUUAAACCUUCUCCAAUGUCUUCUAAUCCAACUAUAAAAUUUGCCCGUUCAUUUAUAUAUCCUUCUGAUAUAUUACCAACGUUUACAUUUGUAGAAAAGAUGCAGUCAUUAAUAUGGAAUUUAGAUCAUCAAGAUCUAUAUUUAAUGUUAAUGGAAGAAGCACUUACGCCACGAAUGAAGGAUGUAAAUGAUACAAUUUUGAGUAUAGAAAAAGUAGCAUGGUCACCAAAAAAUUUGAUUUUCUCAAAUCAUAGUAUACUUGCAAUUCUCACUAAAGCAGGCGCAGUUGAAUUACUGCAUAAAGUUUUUGACGAAUGGUAUUCCAUAUAUGAUGUUUCCUCUUUUCGGAUGAAAAACUUAGAAAAUUCUAUUACAUCUACUCUUAAACAAUGUAAGAGAGACUCUAAUUAUGCAGAAAUAAUUCAAAGCUUAAGACAGGUGCAAGCUUGUUCCAUGACUUGGAGCAAACUCUUUGAAGUAAAAAAAACAGUUUUUACAUAUUUUUGUGUAGCUUAUCGUAGUGGUGAUAUAUCUGUUUUAAAAAUUCCUAAAAUUUCAAAUUUAACAAAUGAAAUACAGCUAUUGCUUGUUGGCAGUAUAAAUUUAAAAAUUCCUGAAAAAAUUACUUUAUUACAUUGGAUUUCUUUGACGAAAGAUAAUCAUCUGCUCAUAGUAGGAUAUUACACAGGACAACUAUGUAGUGUAGAAUUAAUAUGUAGAGAUGAUAAUAAUGACGUGCAAGUAACGUCAACUAUAACAUAUUUUGAUUCUGAUUGCAUAGCAAUCGAUAAUAUACAAAUACUUUCUCAAGAUGAAUCAGAAAUAAGGUUUCUUGUUGUUAAAGGAAUUUUUCUCUUGUUGAUAUGCAUUAAUUCUAAAGGGAAAUUAAAAAGUAUCCAACAUUUACAAAUAGAAGGUUUCAGUAUUACUGGUAUAAUUCCUAUUCAUGAUCAACAGGUGUUGAUAACUACACAGGAUUGUCGUACUAUUAUUGUUGAUACACAAUCUAACAGUUUAAACAGUAUUAAUAUUAAAAAUCAUUUACCGCAACUACAUGUUCAAUAUUUAGGACUUGCUCAUUCACCAAAUAAAGCAAUGGUAGUAAUUGUAACUAGUCCGACUGUGACCUAUGAUCAUUUGAUUCUAAGAGAACCAAGUGUGAUGCUUGUAUUUGCUUUGGAAGAAUUAUCAAAUCCUUUAUCUAUUAUUAAAAAUAGUAAUACUUCUCUCUUAAGUGUUUGGGAUUGUUUGGAAGUACUUAGACUCAAAGCUGUUAAAGCGGAUGAUCCAAAGACGAUAUUCGGCUCAAUCCCAGAAGAGCUCAGCUUGUCGCUCUAUGAUUUGCAGUUAUCAAUGUGGAUGGCAAUAAUGAUUAAUAUGUGUACAACUAAGAAGUCAAUUUCAAGGAUUGAUCAAAUAAGCGAGAUCAGUAUAAAAAGACUGAUUUCAUUAAUCUUUGUGCAUUCUGCUUGCGCGUAUCUUGAAAGUUUAAUAAGAAAGAAUGAAUUAUCAACAGAUGAAACACUUGCCAUUACUCUGCUGAGAAAUUACAUAGAAAUAUAUGUAAAUGAUGAGAACAAUGAGAACGUUGUGCAGCAACAUGCUCGAGAGAUAUUGAAAGCAGUUGCAAUGUAUCCUAAUGAAACUGAAAAGUGCCACAUAUGCAGUGAACCGAUAGAAGAGCUUUGGAAAUCUAGCGUAUGCCCAAACGGCCACAAGUUAUCCAGAUGUUCAGUGACAUUGCUGCAGGUACAGUGGGAAUAUCAUGUGUGCCCACUAUGCAAUAGAAUCUUUCAUCCGUGUCUGGAGGCAGUGUAUAAAGAACUGCGAUGUCAGUACUGCGAUGUAUCUCUUUUGCACAAUUUUCAUACUUUUAAUUUAGAGCCAUAUGGAAGAAACUUGUCACAGUUACAGCCAAACGCCGACGAACCAUCAAAGGAAGUGGAUGAGUUAGAUGAGCAGAUGUGUAUUCAUAAAAAAGUAACAGAAUAAAGUUAAAUAUUUGCAAAACACACAUAUAAUUAAAAACAAGUGAUAGUAAAUUUAGUAAAAAGACAGCGAGAGGUAAAAAAAACAUUUUUAUAUAUUUGUUGUAUAUUUAUAUUUUUGUAAUUGUAACAUUUAAAAACGGACGAAACUUUCUUCUAUCUUGUUCGUUUUAGUUUAGACGCGAAAUAUAUAUUCACGCUCGUGAAAUUGA